CUGACCUUCUGCCCUGACUCCUACCAGACCAAGCCAUGACUGAACGAGAGGCUCAAGCUCCAGUGGGCCGGGUGCUGCCCCCAGAUGUGCUGGCAGAGCAGGUGGAGCUGUGGUGGUCCCAGCAGCCACGGCGCUCAGCACUCUGCUUUGCCGUGGCUGUGGGCCUCGUGGCAGGCUGCGGGGCAGCUGGCGUGGCACUGCUCUCCACCACCAACAGCCGCUCGGGUGAGUGGCGGCUAGCCGUGGGCACCGUGCUCUGUCUCCUGGCCCUGCUGGUCCUGGUGAAGCAGCUCAUGAGCUCAGCCGUGCAGGACAUGAACUGUGUGCGCCAGCCCCACCACGUGGCCCUGCUGCGCAGUGGUGGAGGUGCUGACGCCCUCGUGGUGCUGCUCAGUGGCCUCGUGCUGCUGGUCACUGGCCUGACGCUGGCUGGGCUGGCUGCCGCCCCCGCCCCAGCUCGGCCCCUGGCCACCAUGCUGUCUGUGGGCAUUGCCCUGGCUGCCUCAGGCUCACUCCUGCUGCUGGGCUUGCUGCUAUAUCAGGUGGGCGUGAGUGGGUACUGCCCCCCCAUCAGUGCGGGCACCCGCCCCAACCACAGUGGCCACAGGAGCAGUGGUGGCGUCUUCAGCAUCUCAGGACAGCUCUCAGCUGGCCAGCGUCACGAGACCACAUCAAGCAUCGCCAGCCUCAUCUGACAGAGCCGGAGCCCCUUUCCAAGUGACCUGGCUCAGCAUUCAGAGAACUGCGUUGGGGCGUGAGUGUGUGCAUGUCCCUGGGACUGUCAGGCCUUUCUGUGGGAUUGUGUGGGAUUAAGGGUCCAUGUGUAUCCACACCAUGGGAACGGGUGUGUGUGUCUCCGUGGAACUCAGUGUCGGUGUUUGUGGAACUGUCAGAGUCUGGGGCCUCCAGGCAGGGAAGUAUCUGGGCUUCCUGAAGAUUCUUGACCAACACCCCUCAAAUCCAACCCUGCCCAUGUAAUAUGCCCAUCAGGGAUUUCCAAAGGAGUGACUGCUGCCCCACGUAGUGACUGCCCAGUGACCCUUCAAUGAGGAGAGUAGCUGGUGGCAAAACAGAAAGAACAGGGGCUCCAGGCCUGGGUGGGACUCCCCCUCUACCACUUACCACCUGGGGGAUUUGGGGCAAGCAACAACCUCUCUGAGCCGCAGCUUCUUCAGGGUCAUGGAUUUGGUCAAUUGUAAGGAUUUAAAUGAGAUCAUGUGUUCAAGAUGUGGGCAUGUGGCAGAGGCACAAUAAAAAUGGCGGCUGUUAUUGUCAUUGCCACUAACUCACCACAGAAAACUUCCCUUCUGCUUUACCCCACCUCCACCCCUUCCAAAGUCAGCUCUUUGUUCCUAUCUCAGGCUUAUAAAAGGUGCCUUGAAGAUCUCCUCAGUCAGACUUGAGGCCUCUUCUCUCAGUUAACAAGGAGCUGGAGGGGAGAGAGGAAUUAGGGUGAGGGAAGGUGGCGGGUUUCAGUCUCCAGGGAGAGGAGCACGCAGGGUGAGGGACCUGAGUCCUUCCCACUGGUUGACGCACGAGCCCAAGAGGAGGCCAUAAAUAUUGGGGGCUUAUCAGCUGGCUUCUCUGGAAGCCAGAUUGUGUUCCCUUUAGCUGAUUCCCCGGAUGGUGGCCUCGGGCUGCGGUGCCCUCCUCCACUCUGAAACCAGAAUAUCCUGGGUCUGUGUGGUCGCUGCGCCAGUUGGCCAGCUUCUGGGCUCCAGUGCAUGGGAGGGGUGUUUGAUUUCCCCUUCCAGGAGGCAGCAACACUCCCUGGGUGGCAACGCCAAAGUUCCCCUGGAAGCAGCACUCCAGAGCCUUAGUUAUGGUUUCAUCACUUCUGCCUCACAAGUGCAGAUUAUGUGAAGCUCCAUGGGGAAUGCCAAGAGAAGCAGCAAAAUGAGAUGUAUCUCCUCAGAGAGACUAAACAUAGAGCUACUGAGGCUUUGAGAAGAGAAAACAGCUUUCAGCUGGCAAGAAAGCAAGGAAUUGCUGGGUUAAUGGAUGAGGGUUAAGGCAUGCAAACUGAGGGACUAGCAAGAAUCGACACAAAGGAAAGAAAGAAGAGAGCAUGUCCAAGAACAGAAAAGAACGCAGUGGUUUCCAAAUAAUCAACAGUCCUCAUCACAGCGUGUCACAAACACCUCGCACAUCUUUUCAGACUGACUCGCUUGCUAACUUCAGGGACACGGGCUCAGCUUGAUGUACCAAAAGGCUUUGCUGACAAGCUUCCUUUCACUACAGAGUUAUUUCCUGGAAAAAACAGAAAAAAUAGUUUUUGAAUUGACAAUAUAGCUUUGGUUGCUGCUGAGGGUAAGUAAAUGUACCAUUGUUACCAACUAUUAACCCAAAAAAUAAAAACUUAAAAGAA